GUUCAUUCAUCUACAGUUUUUUGUCUUGGAUACAAUUAUUUAUUUUGUGCUAACUAACACCCAAACAAAUAGUAAAUAAUGCCUAUAACCUUUUGAAAAUGUCUGAAAAAACUGAUAAAAUAUACCGCACAAUGCUAUUACGACGCAGAUUUUGCAAACGCAUACUUUUCAUGGUGUUCGUAUUCGGUGUAUCAUUUUAUGUUUCUGUGUUAUUGUUUGGCGACUUGAAGAGCCCUAGAGUAAUGAAUCUAGCUGAUUUAGAUCGCUGUCCGGUUUGUUAUGGAGUCUCUGUGUGCCCUGAACUGUAUUCUAAUCAGAUAAUAAUGGAAUCUGGUCGUCAUUGGGGUGCUUUUUUUAAUGCCAAAAAUAUUUAUUAUGGUUACACGAGAUCAAAUCGAAGAGUCGUUUUAAAGAAAUUAGCUCAUGAUUGGGAGCUGAAGGAGUUUGAUUCGAAACUUUGCAAGUCUUGGGGCUUAAAGCGUGGAUGUAAGCCUUUACAGCUUCUUAAUAUUUCGAAUGUUGAUAAUGCAAUAUUGAACAAUAUUCAGUAUAAUAUAUCUUGGCCAGAAACUGAGCCUCGAAAAGGUUUAGUAUUAUGUCCGUACACAUACAGCUUCUAUGAUUUAAUCCAACCUGUUCUCAACAAUAAAAAAUCAAAUAAUUAUAAAUCUGACAUGAUUAAUGUCUGGACAAUGAUAAAUAUAAAUCCAGAACCUAUUAUAUUGCAGAUAAUACCCAAAUCAAAAGGAUGGCCGGUACCUGCUUUUGGUGGUGUUUGUGGUAGACUCGAAGUAGUGGCUUAUGAGGGUGAACCACUUUCCUCUCUGUUACAUAUUGAAUGGCACAGGAAAUUGAAGUUUGCAAAAGCUAUUCUAGAAGCAGCGAUGGAUUUCACUUUCAAACAUGAUAAAUUCCGUUUUUACCUGAUGGACUGGUCGUUGGACAACAUAGUAGCCAAUGAGAAGGAUGAUAUAUCUUUUGUUGAUUUAGAGGACUUUGUAAUAUUAGACAAACAGAUUUCACCUAGAAAAGACUUGCCGAAUUGGUACCAGCGUUACUCCAGGGAAACAGGUCCUGGCUUUACAUUUUCUAUAGAAAAUAUGUGUAAACAUCAUCUCAGUGACCACAACAUUUGGGCUGCAUGCUACGUAUUAGCCGGUGAAGAAAAUCCACUAUUGUAUCCUAUACCAAAAGAUGUAAAUGCCUCAAGACCACAUUUCAACAGAUUAUUAGUGGAAUGCUUGAAUGGUGAUGAUAGGUUUCGUACAGUUACUAAGUUACAAAAUGUCAUAACAGACAUGCUAUUAGAUGAGAAAAUUGUUGGAUUUGGUGUAGUAAGAUGAUAGUUACUAAGUAAUAUUGUGAUAUUAUUAUUUUGUUUGGGUGAUUUAUUUAAUGCCCAUCAGCACAUCCAUCCUACAUGGUGACAUUUUUUUUAUU